AUGGCCGGCCGAGCCGGAAGUACGCAAAGGACACGCGAGCUGGCUCAUGAAUCUGCCACAUUACUCGCCGGCCGACUCAGCACUGAGCGACCCCCAGCUCCUGCAAAUGCCAGAAGCUUCCCUUCCUGCGCCGCCGCUCGAAACACCACGCCGCCCCAGCGCGAGCCAGGCGCCCGGCGGUUUCGGCCUCACCCCCGAAAGACCGUGGCCGCCUUCGCCCUCCGCAUCUGGCGCAUCGUCCCCGGCGGGCGGUGCGGGAAACAGGCCCAGCGGCAGGACGCCGUCCAAAAGGGGGCGGGCGAGUCGGCGCUCCAAGUCGGACGGCGGCGAAGCAUGCCCGCGUGGCACGCCGGCAGCCAUCAAUCGGCACGGCAAGGCACAUUUCCGCGUUUGCCACAACGAGGUGGAGAAGAACUACCGCAGCAGGCUGAGCCACGACUUUGGAAUGCUGCUCGACGUGCUCGUCGACUGUGCGGAUGA